AUGCGAGACCACUGCGAAUGCUUGGCUUUCAUUGGAGACGCGGUGAAAACUUUGGGUGGCCCUGUCCCCUUGUGGAUGUGGCCAUGUGGGCACAAAGUUCGGCCUCAUAGGACCUCCUUUAAUUAUUUCUUGCAAGCCACCACCACCAUCACCAUUAACCACUACUAACAAGCUCAAGCUUCUAGCCACCAACUGGCCACUUACAAUAUCCUCUUCUGUUUUUGCCUCUGGUUUUACUACUCCUUACCCUUCGUGUCUCUCAAUUAUCUCUAAAUUCUUCUCUAGUUUCUGUUUUCAUCAAUUUUCCUUUCAAGAACCUGUCAUGUGACACUCUUUCUCUCUCCGUCAAGUCAGAAUAUUUUAAGGGCUGUGAUAUGCAUCUCAAGGAACCGGCCUGCUAGGUUUCUCACGUGCAUACUGCUCUAAUCUUCCAAAAUUACUCUUAUCCAUUCCGUAUCUUGCCAUGAUAUAUGAUUCUUGAUCUUUUGUCUACGAUCAAAUCUUGAAAAUCUUGACAGCUUUCUACAAGGAAGAAACAGAGGCUUUCUUGUUUUUCUUGUCUGCAACUUCCUGUUAAUGGACAGUCCGGUGAGGCAGAAAAGCUUCCGCCAGAUGAAGAUGACGAAGCAGAUGACGGGGAAAAGGGACGACUCGCCGUUUCAUGCGGCGGCCAGGACGGGUGAUUUAGAACUGGUUUUGGAGAUGGUAUCUGAAACUGGGGAAGCAGAAUUGAAGGAGCAAUUGUCGAAGCAGAACCAAUCAGGAGAAACUGCGCUGUAUGUGGCUGCAGAGUGUGGCCAUGUCGAAUUGGUGAAGGAGAUGAUCAAGUACUAUGAUACUGGUGCAGCUGGUAUCAAAGCAAGAAACGGCUAUGACGCCUUUCACAUUGCUGCUAAGCAAGGUCACUUGGAGAUUUUAAUAGUUCUCAUGGAGGCUAAUCCUGAACUUGCAAUGACUUUCGAUUCAUCGAAUACUACUGCGUUGCACACUGCUGCAUCACAGGGAUAUGUUGAAGUGGUGAAUUUCCUAUUGGAGAGAGGUAGCAGCAACCUGGUUACCAUAGCAAAAAGCAAUUCUAAAACUGCCUUGCAUUCUGCUGCAAGAAAUGGUCAUUUGGAGAUCGUCAAGGCCCUUUUGAGUAAAGAACCUGGGAUUACAACAAGGGUCGAUAAGAAGGGCCAAACAGCUCUCCAUAUGGCUGUUAAAGGACAAAAUGUUGAGCUGGUAGCUGAACUUAUGAUGUCAGAUGCUUCCUUGAUAAACAUGGUUGAUUCUAAAGGCAACACCGCGUUGCAUAUUGCAGCCCGUAAGGGUAGAGAUCAGAUUGUAACGAAGCUACUUGAUCACGGUGGACUUGACAAAAUAGCUAUUAACAAAUCUGGUGAAACCGCCUUUGACACCGCUGAGAAAACUGGACACUCUGAAAUUGCUUCCUUCUUAGAAGAGCAUGGCGUCCGAUCUGCCAAAUCCAUAAAGCCUAGCACCACAAACACAGCCCGUGAACUAAAGCAAACUGUGAGUGAUAUAAAACACGAAGUUCACAACCAGCUUCAGACCACACGCCUCACAAGAAAACGUGUUCAAGGUAUAGCCAAGAGGCUGAAUAAAAUGCACACAGAAGGGCUCAACAAUGCAAUCAACUCAACCACUGUUGUUGCUGUUCUAAUUGCCACUGUUGCAUUUGCUGCCAUCUUCCAAGUCCCUGGCCAAUUCGCUGAUGAUCCAAAUAAUCUAGCCCCUGGACAAUCUGCUGGACAAGCAAAUGCUGCUUCAAAACCUGAGUUCAUGAUCUUCAUCAUAUUUGACUCAAUUGCUCUUUUCAUAUCAUUGGCUGUUGUGGUUGUUCAAACUUCUGUUGUGGUUAUAGAGAGAAAGGCAAAGAAACAAAUGAUGUCAGUGAUUAACAAGCUAAUGUGGUUGGCUUGUGUGCUGAUUUCAGUUGCAUUUCUUGCACUGGCAUAUGUUGUUGUGGGAGACAAGGAAAGAUGGUUGGCACUUUGGACAACAGGUAUAGGGACAGUAAUCAUGGUAACAACUAUUGGAACAAUGUGUUACUGGGUAAUCAUUCAGAGAAUUGAGUCUUCCAAAUUGCGUAGCAUUAGGAGGUCAUCGAUCAGUAGGUCUCUAUCAGGAUCGAUGUCAAUCAUGGCAGAAUCAGAAAUUUUGGAGAACGAGUAUAAGAAGCUCUACGCAAUUUGAGAUGGGUCUUAAUUAUAUAGCUUAGGAAAACUUCCCCUUCUUCAUCUCAGUGUAUAUGUAUCAUUGUAACUUUACUUCAACCUUAUUGGCUUUCGCUUCUUCCUGAAGCGACUGACUAACUCUUUUUUCAGAAUCUGCAGCAAGCAGAAUAUGUUAAUAUUUUUGUUAUGAAAUUUAAUUAAUGAGAACUUGGUAAUUUUGAUA